AUGUCUUUUCUUAUUGAAACUCGAGGACGUCCUUCAAAAGAUCUGACCCCAUAUAAAAACGAGAUCUCGAAUUUAUUCAAUGACAGUGAGACAGCAGAGGCUAUUGUAGAUUAUCUAUUAGCCGAAUAUCGGAUCAAGGUCACCAGUCGUACCAUUCAGCGACGCCUGAGGACAUGGGGGUUCAGACGGCGGAUUAAGACCCAACACCAUGAAGAUCUAGAGAACCAAAUCCUAAAUCUAUUCUACCAGUGUGGGCUAUCAGACACUGACAUGCAUUACGUGCUCCAGAAACAGGGUUUGCAAAUUGGGCUAGAUGGUCUAAGGAGAUACCGCCGGAGGAUGGGUCUGCUACGUCGAUUUAAAGCCGGAGAAGUGGAAGAUGAGAUUCGGAUAGCAGUUCAAAAGGAGCUGGAUAGCGGGCAGAUUGAAGGUUAUGUUUGCGGGCUUCUUUAUACAUAUUUCCGCAGCAGACAGCACAUAGUCUCUCGACCGCGGAAUGAACUACAGCGAACUCGUGGCGACUUUAGCGUUCCAGGACCAAAUUUCCCUUGGUCUAUUGACAGACAUGCUAAACUAUUUUACUGGGGGGUUCAAAUUUAUACAGGAAUUGAUGCCUAUUCCCAUUAUAUCACAUGGAUAUACGUUGGAACUAGUAAUCGGAAAGAAUUCAGUGUUCUCCGCCAAUUUCUUGAUACUUUACAAUCAGAGAAGAAACAACCCAGGUUUGUCCGAUCGCAUAAGGGAGGAGAGGCUACACUCCUAGCAGCAGCACAUCAUGCCUUAUAUAAAAAGCAUUACUCAGAUUCCAAUAUCUCAGACUGUUAUUGGUACGGUACGAGUACGUCGAACCAACGAAUUGAAGCAUGGUGGUCUCAAAUGCCGAAGAGUGUUCUUUUCCGAUGGCGGGACUAUUUCCAAAGACUCGUUGAAGACCGACUAUUUGCUCAUAAUAAUGCUGCGGGCCGUAUUGCGAUCCUGGCGGUAUAUAUGCCAUUAUUUCGGCAGGAAAUAUGCAACUAUGUUCGUAUAUGGAAUGUACAUAGAAUUCGGAGUAUUUGGGAAACCGUUUUUGCUCUAUCAUUUCCUAAAACCCGGUGUGCAAGAUUAUGGGUUGAUCCCUGA